AUGAAGGCAAAUUACUUUUAUGCUGUCGCAUCUCUAGCAAGACUGGCACUGGCGUCGAACUUCCAACAACCUUUAAGUGGAGGAGUGAUCCACGAGAACUUCAAAUCUUCAAGCGUGGACUUGGAUAGAAUUAUCGAUGUGUCUCCUCUCUUGUCAUUCCACAGAGACAUCGUGAAAAUUCAGUCAAUCAGUGAACACGAGGAAAGCGUUGGAAACUUCCUCUUGGACUUCAUUCUCUCACACAACUUGACCGUCGAGAAACAAAUCGUCACACCGGGGAGUGAGACUGAGCAAGAAAGAUUCAAUAUAUAUGCCUACACCGGGGAAAACAGAUUUCCCAAUGUUCUUCUGACCAGUCACAUCGAUACUGUCCCACCGUUCAUUCCUUACGCGCUUCAUCCACCAGCCUCGCGUAACACAGAGAAUCUGACAUUCAAUCGGUCAGACCUGAUUAUCGCUGGCCGCGGCACAGUGGAUGCCAAAGCCAGUGUCGCAGCAAUACUAUUUGCCGCACUGGAAACACUGGAAGCCAACCCCGACGCCUCAAUCGGUUUGUUGUUUGACGUCGGUGAGGAAAAAGGUGGCGUUGGCAUGAAACAUUUCUCAAACUCCGAUCUCAACCUAGCACCACCUACAUUCCACACAGUCAUAUUUGGAGAGCCAACAGAGCUCAACCUUGUCGCUGGACAUAAAGGUACUCUUGGGUUCAAGAUUGUUGCUGAAGGAACAGCAGCGCAUUCGGGAUACCCCUGGCUCGGGAAAAGCGCGAUCUCAUCACUUCUGCCUGUUUUAUCUUACCUCGAUACCCUGCAAGAUAUCCCACCAGAGAAAGGCGGACUUCUCCGUAGUGAGAAGUUUGGUCAAUCGACAUUGAAUAUUGGGGUCGUGCGCGCUGGUUUAGCUGCUAAUGUCGUUCCUGCGUAUGCCGAGGCGACGAUUUCCGUUCGUCUGGCGGCUGGAAGUCCAGAUGAAACGAGGGAGAUUGUAAGGAAGGCGGUUGAAGAUGUGACUGGUGAUGAUGGAAGCGUCUAUCUUGACUUUGGGGAUACUGAGAACGGCGCUCCUCCACAACAUCUUGAUUUUGAUGUUGACGGGUUUGACGUAAUUACUGUGAACUACGGGACUGAUAUCCCUUGCUUGGAGAUCAGUACUCAAGGUCUAAAAGUGAAGCGGUAUCUCUACGGGCCGGGUAGUAUUCAUGUUGCCCAUGGCGACGGCGAGGCAAUCACUGUGGGGGAGCUUGAAGAGGCGGUGCGAGGAUACAAAAGGUUGAUCUCGGCCGCGCUGGGUGCCCACUAG